UCGCGGUCUGUCAUUCAUCGCUGCUCAAAAGAAGAAAAGUUUUCCUCGGACCGUGUGUGUGUACCCUUUCUUCGGUGCACCGUGUAAUCCGUAGCGAUGCCCACCCCGGAACAGAUCCAGCAGGAUAAGGCGGCACGCCGGGCCGCCCUCCGCACCGAGUACUGGCGCACGAUGACCAACCCGCACGCCCAUCUGCACGGCGAAAGCGGCGGAGUGUACGAUCUGGGUCUGGCCCGGUUCCAAGCCAUGCGCGUGAGCAACUUUGAGCACUUUAAGCCCACCGGACGGUCGUUCAAGAUUGGUAUGCUGACGGUGGUGCUGCCGAUUGUCGGCUAUGCCUGGAUGCUGAAGCGGGAACGUGACGCCCGGGAAGCGCAGUACCGUACCGGUCAGGUUGCCUACAAGGAUCGUCGCUUCAAGUUUAUCUAAGCGGCCAGCAGUGGCUUUGUUUGAUUAUCUUCUUUGAAAAUGUGUAGAAAGCAAAAAAAGGGGCCGUUUCGGAUAAGCAGAACCAGCAUCAACAAUAAACGGCAGGUUUGGAACAGAGUAGU